CUUCCCGUUUUCUUUUCUUUUUUAUUUUUUUUGCUUUUUUCUUUCUUUCUCCAUUUUUCCCUUCCUUCUUCUCAAUAAAGUGUCUUAGAAACGUGCCUAAUUGGAUUUGAAGUUUUAUCCAUCUUGUGUUCUUCUACUUCGUUGCUAAUCGCACCCACUCACUUUGUUAUCAUCAAAGCAAGAAAAGAUAUUGCGAGUACCGCAAAGAUGACUAUCGAACAACGAUCAACUACAAAACCGGAAAAACAUACCCCAAGUACUAUAACAAUAACUAUAUCCGUUAUAACGCAUCUUCUUUUAUUGGCACCCGUUAUAUACAUCAUUGUACUGUCAGCCGAAACUUACAAUCUCUUCUCGUGGCAUCCGAUAUUAACAACGAUCGGGAUCGGUCUGCUCACGUUGGAAGCAAUAUUUUGCGUAUCAGGAGAAGCUUAUGUGUCCUCGAGGAUUACAAGGAAAAAUCGAAUUUUAAUACAUUGGCUACUACAGAGCUUUGGAUUUGGUCUUAUGUUAGCUGGCGUUAUUAUUAUAAUCGUAAUGAAAGGUAAUCGUCCGCAUUUCAAAUCUGUACACGGAAAGCUUGGAUUAUCCGCAACGAUACUUUGCGCAAUAAUAUUAAUAAGUGGUAUUUUAGCCGACAAUACAAAAUGGUUUUAUCCACGUAUCAGACCAAUAACCAUUAAGAUUAUUCAUGCCGUAGGUGGUAUGUUAGUUACAAUUAUUUUACUUGCCGCUUUAAUUAAUGGCACUUAUACCCAUUGGUGGCCUGGUACCAUAGUAGGUAGAGAUUUAACAUUUGCAUCGUUCGUUAUCGGUACAUUUUUCAUAAUGAUCAAACCGAUAUUAGGUGCGGCGUCAAGAAUCAAAUUCAUGUUUAGAAAAACAUCGUCGAACACGUGAUUUUCUUGUAUUAUUUCGUAUUAUUAUUUUUAUUUUUUUUUAUCGUCUCGUACGUCCUGAAAUGUAUGUCCUUUUUUUAUUUUUAUCUAAUUCGAGAUCCACGCGGCUAAUGGAAAUAAUCUUAUCUUUUUUGUUUUUUUUUUUAUUAUUAUUAUUAUAAUUAUUAUUAUUAUUUUUUUUUUUUUUUAACAGAAAGAUUUCAUUAUCAUGGA